UUUCCCAUUUCGUCGCGGCACUUACUAUAUAUACAAGCAAAAUAUACUAAAUAGUAUUCGCGGACGCGUGAAUGCAGCCAGCAGCUCACAUGAAUUAUACAGUACACUUAUAUGUAUGUAUGUGUAUAUAGUUUUACACAUAUAGUCGCGGAGCCGCUCUCCUCCUAACUGUUGUACGCAUAGAUACAUAUAUUCGCUCGGAAAAAUGCAGAAUAGUCGUGCGUAUACGGCUCGUCUACUCGAUGUUGUGUGCGUGAGUGAGUAGUGAAUCGCCGCCGCGCCCGCCGCUUCCGUUGGCUCGCGAGCGCUGCGCUUUUGUGUACACACAUUGCCAUACUAUACAAAAAUACGCACGCGCGCGUAUACACACAUUCGAGUUUCUCUGUGUAUACACAUAUUUUUUUUUAAAUAGUCAGUGAAAGUUGACCCCCCUGUUAGUCGUGGGUUAUAUAGUUAAAGGCGCCUCAGGUAGGCCGCUGUUGCUGCUGCCUGGCUACUUCUGUCCUUACCAGUACCUUUACUAUAUAGCUGCUCACAGGCACGUAUACACACCUAUACAGGCUCAUUGAAUGCAGCGCAGCAAGUGCAUUCGAAUACCUGACCGCGCGGCAGUCGUCUCUCUCUUUCUCUUGUCACUUCUCGCGCGGCUGUUGUUUGUGUCUGCAGCCGCGACUCCGUGUAUAAUACGAGUGUGUGUAAUAUAAUCAUGCUGCGCACGUUUACGACGUACAAAAAAGAAAGAAUCUGGUGCGCGCGCAAGUGAAUAUAAAAAUAUCAUAUCCAGUGAUAUAUCUGUGCGCGUUUAAGAGCAGUGGUCAGUGCGUCCAUGCGAUGCCAGAAGCAGCAACAGAAACAUUGUCAGCGCAGUUAUACGCUUAGCAGCAGCCGCAAAGCCCCGAAAGUGCAGCGUCCGCGCUAAAUAGACUGGAAAGGCGCGGCAACAUGUCGGCUAGUGGACGACUGGCCGUUGCUACGCUUUUUGGGACCUUCUACUCCUCCUCCUCGUCUACCUCCACCUUGCUCAUCUGCACCUCGUCGUCGUCGUCACGCUCGAGUACCAACUUCGUGGAUUGACGAAUCUCUGCGCGCGUAAACAUUUGUGAUAAUUACUCCGCCGCCGCUGCUAUCGACCCUUUCGACCGACUCCGCAUACAACAUAUUGAAAGCGGAGUCGCUGCUCUCUUCGGAGUUUCAACAGUUCGUCGACUUGCUUCGCCUCGAGUUUAUAAUUGUAUUACUGCAGCAGAUCAGCUCAUAUUGACAGUGGUGUGAAAAUAAAAUCAUCAAAAUGUUUGCCAAAAAGAAAAAGAAGCCACAAAUAUCAACACCAACAAAUUUUGAACAUAGAGUGCACACAGGAUUUGAUAAACGAGAGGGAAAAUUUGUAGGACUACCUUUGCAAUGGGCUUCCAUUGUUGGAAAUAAUCAAAUCCUAAAGUCCACCAAUAGGCCAUUACCUCUGGUGGAUCCUAGUGAAAUUACCCCUGUUGAAAUUUUAGAUCUUAAAACCAUUGUACGAGGUCACAAUGAUGUUAGAUUGAUCAAGUCAGCUAUGGGAGAACGUCAAGAGAAUCAUUUGCCAAAAAUAAGUAGUGUUGCAAGGUCUAAUUCACUCAGAUCUUCGAGUCCUCCUAGAUUUAGAAAAGACUACAGAAAUAAUGCCAAUUUACCACCAUCCGUUCCAGAAGGUCAAGAAAUGUCCAUGAAUCCCAUGACAAUGCAAAUGUAUCCCAAUAACAACAAAGUUCAUGGGUAUAAUGACAAAAUGAGACCAAAUUCUACUAGUUCCGGUCCAGUAUUACCCAGUUUAGGCCAUAAUAUGAUUCCAAAUUUACAAAAUUUAAAUCCCAAUAUGCAGUCUUCACCAAAUUUACCUCACAUGGGACCUAAUGUACAGAAUUUGUCAAUGAACUUUCAGAAUUUAAGUCCUAUACCAAAUGUGCAAAGCCCAUCAGGUACAAACAUUCCACAAGUGCAAGACUAUGAUUUCCAAAGAAUGAACCCUUCAGUGCCUCCAGUACUUCCUAAUCAGUACAAUGGUAAUAUGAAACCACCUCAAAUUAAUCACGUACCUGUGCCACAAAAUAUGAUGAUGCAUCCACCUAAAAUUUCACCUGUUGGUUCAAUUGCUUCACAACGUCCAUUGAGUCAAUUGAGCUCACACAAUGUUACCAAACACGCUCAAAAUUAUGGAGUCCAAGAAAAUCCAAAUUAUCAUUCACAAUUCCAGAACAAGCUAAUUGAGAGUUCACAAUCAAUGCAUAAUCUUUCAAAGGCUGCUGCUCAAGUGACAAUGCCUGGAGCAAUGCCUACUGUUAGCUCUUCAACAGACCAAAAUCAGAAUAUGAAAGGUGCAAUGUCUUCUGGUAAUUUAGUUCAUGGUGGUGCAGCUGCUGCUAACAAUGCUGCUAAACAAAAUUCAGAUCAACGACUAUCUCAUGAGCAAUUUAGAGCUGCCCUACAGAUGGUGGUGAGCACUGGUGACCCAAGAGAAAACCUUGAAAACUUUGAGAAAAUCGGGGAAGGCAGUACAGGAACUGUCUGCAUAGCUACUGACAAGACAACUAAUCGUCAAGUUGCUGUCAAAAAGAUGGAUCUACGUAAACAGCAGCGACGCGAGCUGCUUUUUAAUGAAGUAGUUAUCAUGCGAGAUUAUCAUCAUCCGAACAUUGUUGAAAUGUAUGAUAGUUUUCUGGUCAACGACGAACUUUGGGUUGUCAUGGAGUAUCUCGAAGGCGGCGCUCUGACGGACAUAGUGACAAAUUCAAGAAUGGAUGAGAGUCAAAUUGCAACAGUUUGCCUGCAGUGCCUUAAACCUUUACAGUACCUACAUUCACAAGGUGUCAUCCAUCGAGAUAUUAAAUCUGAUUCUAUACUUUUGACGUCGGAUGGUCGAGUAAAAUUAUCCGACUUUGGGUUCUGUGCUCAAGUUUCUCAAGAAUUGCCAAAAAGAAAAUCUCUAGUUGGCACACCUUACUGGAUGAGUCCUGAAGUUAUUUCAAGAUUACCGUAUGGCCCCGAAGUUGAUAUUUGGUCGUUAGGUAUAAUGAUAAUCGAAAUGGUCGAUGGUGAACCACCAUUUUUCAAUGAACCCCCGUUACAAGCUAUGCGUCGGAUUAGAGAUAUGCCCCCACCAAAAUUGAAAAAUGCAAAUAAGGUAAGUCCAAGGUUGCUAAAAUUCUUGGAGAAAAUGUUGGUUCGCGAUCCAGCGCAUCGAGCUACCGCUGCACAAUUACUGGAAGAUCCGUUUUUAAUGCAAGCUCAAAGUCCUAGUAUUCUUGUCCCUCUUAUUCAAGAGUUUAAAAUACCAACUUUGGCCGCCCGAAAUUAAAAUUCUAGAGUUUUUUAUUAUUCUAAUUCAGAAUAUGUAAGAGUGAAGGAAUUGAUCGUUCUUUAUUUGAGAAAAGUGACAAAAGUUAUUUAUCAAAUGAAUGUAUCAUGAAGUUACUUGACAAAGCAAAAGUCAAGAUCAGAAAUAAUUUUAGCAAUAGACGAUUAAUUAACUGUUAUUCAAAUUGUGCGAUCUAGUAGUAUUAUACAAGUGGACUGCACUUAAUAUUUUAUAAAAAGAUUAUUAUACAAGAAGUCGAUAAACUAAAAAGUGCCUUUAAGAAAUAACGUUGUUAAUUAAGAAUUGUACAAAUCACGUUAUUUCUAUUACUUGAAAAAGUGGUUUUGACAUUAUAAAAAGAAGCUUACUGAAAUCCAUCGAAUUGUCUCUUUAAACCGGGAUAUCAAUAGUAAAAUUGUUAAGCUUUAAUUCUACGGUUAUCUAAUCGUUUUGGGGAUAAUCCGCAUUUAUAAAUGUAUUUGAAAAUUGUAAUAUAUGUAUAUAAGUUUUUCUUCGUCACUAACGCAAAUAUGAAGUGUGAGCUUCACUAUUCCAUGCGUUGCAUAAUUUAUUCUUUAAGUUUAAAUAAGAUAGAACUGAUCAGUCGUCAUGAUAAAUUGCUUUGCAUUUAACUUUAAAUUUAUUUAUCUAAUAAUUGAAAUUAAAAAAUUACCAAAAGUAAUCUUUGAAAUUAGUCAAUAUUCAAUUAUACAUUUAUUUAUUAUUUUGCAUAUUAUUUCUUAUAACAGUUAUAUUGGAAUAGGCAGCUCGCAUGAUUGACGAUUUUUAAUUACUCAAUUUUUUACAGAAAUAAACUUCGAUGUCAUGUUUUUAUACAAAAUAUUUCGAACGAGGUAUAAAACUGAUCGAUAAUAGAAUUGUACAUUCCACAUUGAGAAUGAGUAUGUAAUAGUUUAAUUGACAAACUUAUCAUGAUAAACAAGAGAGAUUAUUCAAAUUUUGCAAAUAUUUUUUUAUAUUAUUAAGAAUGCAUAUUUUGUUUAUGCACAUUAACGCGAGGGUGUCGUUAAUUUUCUAAUGGAGCAAAUGAAUUGUAAUUCUAUAUUGUAAAAAUCAAAUUAUUUGUUGGCUGUUAAUCUUGCCUUGAUUUCACGUCUUAAAUUUAAGCAAUAUAUCGACCACAAUUUAAAGUGAUAAUGCAACGUGUUAGUAAAAAUGCACCAAGAUGUCUUGUAAAUAAAAAAAUAUAGAGGUUUAUGUAUAACGUGUUACGAAAACUAAAAUAAUGUAUUAACAAUAACAUUAUUUUUGUUUUAUACUCAAGCAAAACUAACUUACAUUAAAAAAGACACAUAAUAUUUUAUUUGUGACGAUAUUUUUACAAAUCGAGCAUUUAAUUAGUACGUUGUUUCAAGUGACCUUUCUGGCCGAAUAAAAUGCGGCCGCUGUAUAUUUUCGUAUCUUAUAAAAAUCUGAAUUUAUAUAAUUUUCUACAAUUUACAUUCAUCAUCAUUAUUAUUGUAAAUUUAGAAUGAAAUAAAGAGAUUUUUAAACUCUUUAUUGAAAGAGAGUUUAAAAUGAUUGUUCUGAACAAACAGAGUUUCAAAAGAGUUUCAGUGGUCGUAGCUGUGUAAAACAUAAUUAAGACGAUACAAUACUUAUAACAUCUUUGUAAACUUGUGAUACUUGUCUGCUGGAAAUACUUAUUUCGUUUGAUAGGUAAAAAAUUACUACAUUAGAAUGAUUUAUUUAAAAAGAAAAAAGAAAAAAUUUUAUCAAUUUCAUUCAAUGUUGAAAGCUGUACAAAAUCUCGCAUCAAUUUGCCUGUUUGUUGUCGAAGGAUUAAAAAAAAAUCAUGUUAUGUAAGUAUCAAUAAAUCUAAUAAAUUGUUUGAUGCAAAAAUUCAA